GCCGGAAUACUGCUUCCAUGUUCCGUUGAUUUCCGGUGUUUUCCUGCCGGAACCGGCCGGUACUUUUCGACCUGGGGACCUUUCUUUUUUCCAUUCUGAACUUCUAAGAUUUACUUAAUCGAACAGGUCGAAGUCGAUUCCCACGAUUGAAUUAAAUCCAUGCCCCAAACCUCUCAGACCCUACACAGAGAAACAAAUGGUCACAUUACCGACCUUCUAAGCGCUUCGUAAAAAAAAAAAGAAGUUUCGUGAAGGAAAAAAGGAUUUCGUACAACAUACGAAACUUUUAAAGGUUUCGAGUUUUGCAACGAAUCCUGGACCUUUUUAGAUUCCGUACCAAAUCCUAAAAAGCCCUAGCGAACUUUUAAAAUAGACUUUUCGAUCAAUGACAAUCAUUUUGAAGGGAUCAGAGGUUUUUACGAAACCUCUUCGAGAGUUUAGAGUUCGUUGCAAAAAAGGUUCGGCAUGAUACCGAUUUUUUUCAGUGUAGUCUGCCGAUACUUUUUUUUCUCCUGCUGAUAUUUUCACUUUUGUCUAGAACCAUUUCUAUUUCCGAAUCCUACUUAUAAUUCCAUAUUGAUCAGGAAUUCAUCGCUGAAAGGAGAAUUCAAGUGAAUAUCCUGUAGAAUCUAUAUUUAGUUGAAGCCGCUUCGUCACUGAAACGCCAUAAACGGCUGUAAAGUAUUCUGCAUAUUCCACUGUUCAUCUCUUCACAUAGAAUCAAAAAAAAACAAGCCGAGAAAAUCUAUCGGUCUGUAGAGGCCGACUUUUCACCGAUUUCCAACGUUGAAAAUAUCUCCUUUUGUUCAUUUUCGUUCAAAAAAGAUAAAGAUUCUACCUAUUUUUCGAACUGUAUAGAAUAUAUCAAACUGAAUCCAUGUGUCUUUAGUCACGAUUAAAAAGAAUUCUGAUUGUGUUAAACAUUAAUCAGAAAUUAUAAGAAUCCACACGUCUAAGUAACAGAUUGUAAGCCCACUGUCUUACAGGCGUGUCAGUUCAUUGCAAUGCCACAAAACAUCUCACUAGGAAAUGACCGCUACGGAAGCCAUGGUUUUCCCCAUAAAAGAUCAGUGUUUACAUAGUUCACAGCAUUGCUGUAUCUUUGUAUAUUUUGCGAUUUUCAUUUCAAGUAGACGGUUUGUUUCUUAUACUGUUGUAGAUCUGACGCAGAUCCUAACCAUACAGAAAAAUACUCAAUAUUUCUACGUUAAGAGAGCAAAUGACCUUGAAGUGCUUAUUAACUGUUAUUUUGUAUAGAUUUCUUAUUGAUAAUGAGCGUAUAAGAAAGUUGAUGUUGUCGGUGUAUUUCAGAUAUCCUAAAUUCGAUUCUCAAAAUGAUCACUACUUGCGCUAAACCACUUGUUAUGUCAUCAUUUCUAUUCUCUUUAUUUUACGCUCAUAUUAUUACGCUCUGCUAUCUCCGAGACAGCAACGUGAUGGCAUGACAACAGAACGGAACAAUAGAAUAUUCCUCCCGAGGGAAUCGAACCCACGUCUGCUGCUUUCCAAGCAGAUGUUUAAUCACUGUACUAGAAAGGAGUGCAUAUCAUUCCUUUUAUUCCGUCUUAUGACUGAAUGGGUACACUUCAAAUAUAACACCGCUCAAAAAUUUGUUUUUUCACGCACACGUACAUAGGAUUAAUACAAAUACUCUGAUUCUUUUUCUACGAAAUGUGCGUACGAGAUAUCGUGCGUCUGCACACAAAAUAUUUUCCGAAACUUGUUUAAAAAAAGGAAUUUUUCAGUUUUCUGUCGUUCUCUGACCCUAAUCCAUUCGAUCAGACUGAUUCGAUGAAAAAUUAUUCUAUUUAUUCUGGCAGUAUGAAACCUUCUUUCCAGCAACUUUUACAAUAAACGAGCAGUCGUUCGUCGGCUCGCCAUCGAAGCGCUACUCACGACUAGCCGCUCACAUGCUUAAAUCGUCCUCAUAAAACAUCAUCUACUUUUUUCUAAGGGUGGGAAGUUAUGGUUCCCAGACCGUUACCUGGGAACGGUAACGGUAACUUCCCACCCCUACUUUUUUCAACAAUACAGCCAAUUCAGUUCCUAUUACUUUUAUACUUAUAAAUAGCCAACUUCUCGUGAGGAAAUUUCAAACGCAACAUUUUGCUGUGAAGUAUUGUCUUGAUUUUUACGGCCUUACUUGAAAAUCAGCGUUAUUCUAUAAUUCGUCAUGAACGAAAUCUAAUUGGGAUCUACCCAAGAAGCUUGCUACAUCUAAUACGGCUGUUUUUCAAAACAUCAGCAAUGAACCUUUCUGACGAGCGGCUAGUCGUUCGCCGUCGUCCCUUCGGAGCGCCACUCACGACUAGGCGCCUACGUGCUUAAGUCUAUUUUCCCAAAGAUUAUCCGUUUUUUCUACAAGCUAGCCGAUUCAGAUUCGGCAUAUUUCGAUAAAUUGUUGGAUUUAUAUGAGAAGAAUUUGCGAUGAAAAUUUUCAAGCCGAAGAUCUUGUCGUGGAGUAUGUUGUGAAACACGAUCUGAAAGGAGUGUUGAAGUGUUUAGGGUAGAAAUUUUGGGCCCACUCCCCCCCCCCCCUCCCACAGACUGUGACAGAGAAUCCUGGUACCCAUCACAGACCGUGACAGAGAAUCCGGGUUCCAAUCAUAGACCGUGACAGAGAGCCCGAAUACCCACCACAGACCGUGACACAUAAACUGUAGUUGUAAAGCAUCAGAUAUACGGUCAGCUACAAAUGUGUCGUAAGGAAAUGGAACAAAAAGAUUUCCAUUUAAUUAAUAACAAUAGGUCCAUCGUGUUUCACAUUUUUAAUCCCGCAAGGGAUUGCGCUAACAGCUUUCUUAUGUGCAGAAUUCACAGUCUCUCGCGAUAAUCAGCGUUAUAUUUCCAUUCUUAUUCAGCGGAAUCUUACUGGGAUACUCUCAAAACAUAUUCUAUAUCCUGUACACAUCUUUCCUGCCACACAUUUGGAGCGACACAUGGAUAUCAACGACCAGUUGUUCUGCUGCGCCCCUUCUGGACGCCACCCAUGGCUAGCUGCUCUCAUGCUAAACCGAUUCCUAUACAUAUUACCCUCCUUUAUCUACAAUCUCUCCAAAUAGUACUGUGCCUCCUUCCACAGAAAAUAUUAGAUUAUUAGUGACAGGGCUCUAGCUUGAAAAUUGAAAAGACUAAAGCUAACAUAAAACUGUAUGGAUCAAAUACGCUGUGUCAACUCUUCUUAAAUAUCAGCGUGGGAACUUGGUUGAUUGCCCAACUUUAACAACGCAAAACUCAACGCAGAAGAAACAUGAAAAGUAAGUUCAUAUACGUAAUUCAUUCUAGAUAGGGAUGCACCAAUUCCAGAAAAUUGGCUUCAAAGAUGCUAUGCUCGCGAUAUCAAGCACUACCAAUUCCGACCAAUUUUUUGCGUUAAACUGGACCAUCUUGAAGCGCUCCACCUGUAGUGGUUGUCGGAUUACACUAAAUGCGAUUAAAAGAUGUCAGAAUUGGUCGGAAUUGGCUAAAAAUCCUAAAUUUUCGACCAAUUCCGACCAAUUCUGCCAUCGUUUGAUUGUAAUUAGUGAAAUCUGACAAUCACUGCAGGUAGAGCGAUUCAAGGCGGUCAAGUUUAACACAAAAAUUGGUCGGAAUUGGUGGCUCUUCAUAUCGCAAAAAUACCAUCUUUGAGGCCAAUUUUCUGGAAUUGGUGCAUCCCUAAUUCUAGACAUGAAACCUUCGCUGAUAUCAAAAUAAUUUUUGAAACAAAUUCAUUCUUGGGUAUAAAUACCGUAUGGAAAAUUGCUAAUACAAAACUCAGACACCAAAAAUACUUAGGGGUAUCCAAAAGUAGUGGCAACGACAUUUUAUUACCAUAUUUUAGGGUUGAUAAAAAUUCUUUUUACAUAGGAUGAUAGAGCGGAAACUGCUCUUUCUUUCUAUGCUAUUUGAUCCUACUUCGCUUGACAUCAUAAUAACAAAAUUCUAAUAAAACUAGUUUGCCUAACAUGUGUAUCGGUUACAGAAGUUCACAGUGUCUCCAAUAUGCAUUCUUUUCGUGAUCUUUUCUUUGUUUUUCUUCUUUCCUUUAUUCUUUUCUCUCGUCUCUUUUGAGACUUUAUCGUUUAUCAUAUAAAUACAAAGAUGCAUGCCUCUUUUUGUGCACGUGUCAUGCACUAUUCUAUUCGAUAGAAAGUAAAAGAAGUAGAGUUAAAUCGGCUCUUAACACUCUUCAUUUUUGUUUUGCAAUGAACACAGAGAAUUUUCGUUUCUACAUUAUAGUGCGUACUGCACUAAAUAUUGAAGCAAGAACUAUUCACGACGAGCUGCAUACGGUUUUUGGUGAUGAAGCUCCUUCUUAUCGAACAGUUGCCAGAUGGGCUCAAUGGUUUCGUGAAGGUCGAGAAGAAAUUGAAGAUGAAGAACGAUCUGGAAGACUUGUAACUGAGACUACUCUUGACAAUAUCGAAGAAAUUCGUAGUAUUGUUAACGAUAAUCCUCAUGUUACAAUAGCAGAAUUACAGGAGCAUACUGGUCUAAGCUAUGGCACCGUUCAUCGAAUAUUAUCGGAUCAUCUGGAACUUAGAAAAAUUACUGCUCGUUACAUACCCACAUAG